AUGAAAGUAUUAAGAUUAUUUAAUAGACAACAACACUUAUUAACAUCCAGAUACUUCUCAAAGACAAUAUCGCCAAUUAUGACACAAACAGUAGAUGCUCAACCAGGUAGUGCCACCCCGGAAGAACCAAAGAGAUUUGGAUUAGAAAAUCAAGUUAAAAGAAAUCCUCAUCCUGAUUUUAAUAAAGUUGAAAAUUCAAGACCAAAAUUUGAUUCUGAUUUAGCUUGGAAUUAUACUCAAAUUCCAGAUAAAGAUUGGAAAGCUGGCUCAGGUGCUAAUAAUGAUGAUUGGAAAAAUCAUCAAAAAAUUGAAAUUGAUCCAUAUGGUCCAAAUAGAAAUCCAGUAGACAAUUACAAGACUUUAAUUAGUGCAGUUGUCCCAAGACCAAUUGGAUUUGUUAGUACUAUCAGUAAAGAUGGUGUACGCAAUUUAGCUCCAUUUUCUUAUUUCACCCUUGUGAAUCAUGAUCCACCAAUUUUUACUAUUGGUUUUAGUGGUGGUAGAGGAAAUCCAAAAGAUACUUGUCAAAACAUUUUGGAUACUGAAGAAUUAACCAUUAAUAUAAUUAGUGAAUGGUUUGUUGAAGCUGCUAAUUUCUGUUCAACUAAUGCUCCAAUUGAUAUUGAUGAAUGGAAGUUAAGUGGAUUAACCCCAUUGGAAUCCUCAAAAGUUGCUCCUCCGCAUGUUGGUGAAUCUGCUUUUAGUAUUGAAGCUAAAUUAAUUCAUUCUCAUGAAUGGAAAUCCAAGCAGGAUCCAAAUAGAGCAACUGGUGUGCUUUGUAUUGUUGAAGGGGUUAAUUUCCAUGUAAGAGAAGAUGUUAUUAAUAAGGAUUUAAAUAAUCUUGAUAUUGCUAAAUUGAAACCUGUAAGUAGAUUAGGUGGUAUUACUUAUGCUAGAACUGUGCAUGGUUAUGAAAAAUUAAGACCUGAUUAUGCAAAGGAAGAACAAAAGGAUGAAGUUAAGGAGUUGUUGAAGUAG